GUUCUAAAGCCUGUACUGUUUUUGGAUUCUUAAGAACCCGGUGCACGUUAUCCGAGUGUUAGUGACAUGUCCGCUCGAGCCAGAAAACAAAAAGUUGCGGAGUCUGAAAAAAACGAUGGUAGUCCGACAUCGUUCUCCCGAUCCGUUACAAUUGAACGCAGCCAUACAUCAUCAAGUGGAAGUCCUCGCAAAAGCUAUUCUCGCAGUGAAAGAUCUAGUAGCCCUUUGACUAUUAGUCGAUCUGAAGAAAAAGAUGAACUUGCCCAUCUGAAUGAUCGCCUUGCGGGCUACAUCGACUACGUUCGAAAGCUAGAGCUUGACAAACAAAAACUUACUAGACGUAUACAGACCGUUACAGAAGAACGAAUGAGUAAAGUUGAAGAAGCCAGGAAAACAUAUGAAGAUGAAAUUACAGCCUUAAGAAAUUUAGUUGAUGAUCUGGCUAAACAAAAGUCAAAAGCCGAGCUAGAUUCCAAGCAAAUGAGAGAUGAGUUGAAUGACAUAAAAAUGAAGGCCAACAAACGAGAUCAAGAGAAUCGUAACUUACAGAGAAAGAUAGAAAAUCUUGAGAGGGAACUGAGUAAGUAUAAACAAGAUCAUGAUGCUUACCAGCCUCUCCUUAGUGACUACCAUGUUUUAGAAAAACGGUUCGAAGAAAUGAAACGAGACCUUGAGGCCGAGACACUACUUCGAACUGAUUUGGAAAACAAAAUCCUCGGUCUUAAAGAGCAGUUAGAUUUCCGUUCUCGGUUGUUUGACGAAGAACGUGAAAAGUUAGUUGAACGCAGUUUAUACAUUGAAGAAGAGGUCGAAGGACGCAAACAAGCUGAAUACGAAAGUCGAUUAACAGAGGAGCUAAGAUCAAUUCGAGACCAAACCGCUUCUGAAUUAGAAGAGUAUAAAAUACAAAUGGAAGAAACGUUUGAGAGCAAACUAGGACAAUUGAAGUCAUCAGCUAAUUUUAGUGCAGAAGAUGCUAGUCGCCAGCGAUCUGAGCUGUUGAUAGCUCGCAAACGUGCUGAUGAACUUUCCCACGAUUUAUCCAAGAAAAUCGCUGAGCUGGAAUUGCUUCAACGACGAGUAGCAGAUCUUGAGCGGCAGUUAACUGAUGAACGGAAAGAUUUUGAAUCGCAACUUCUUUUCCAACGCCAGGAAGUAAACAGAUUAAAAGAAGAAUUGGAAGAAAGUUUCCGUGAAUUUACCGACCUCAUGAAUACAAAAAUUGCGUUAGAUCAAGAAAUACUGAUGUAUCGAAAAAUGUUAGAGGGUGAAGAAUCAAGACUCAACCUGACACCGGCUCCCCGUGACUCACCGUUCAACAUACCGGUCAAACGCAGGCGUGUAGAUGGAGAUUUCGAGGGUGAUGAGUCGACUGCCAGUCUAACUGGAGCCAGUUACAGUUCAUCCCGGACAAGAUUCGCCUACCGCGUGUCAUCGACUGCACGUGGACCUGUAGAAUUUUUCAAGGAACAAGACACACAUGGCAAGUGGAUCAAAAUACAUAACUCUUCAAAUGAUGAAAUGAAUUUAGGUGGCUGGGAACUUGUUCAUGAAGCUGAUGGUCACGAGACUCGUUUCAAAUUUUCACGGGCUUUCUCCUUAAAACCUGGAGCAUUAUGCACGAUUUGGAGUCAAGAUGCUGAAGGCAAUUCACAUAAUCCUCCUGCUGACUUAACUAUGAAGAAUAAAAGUUUUCAUCCUGGCACUGAAGUAACAAUUCUAUUACUUGAUGCAGAUGGUGAAGUAUGUUAUUCGUUUAUAAAUUAUCAUUCUAUUAGUCAAUAUUUUACUAUUAUUUAUUUAAUCAAUAAAAUUAUGAAGUCAUCUUGUUUAAGAAGUAGUGAAACAUGUUCAUUCCUGUUACUAUCCAAUUGAUUUUUGUUUAUUUAAAUAGUAAACAUGUAUGUUCCUGUUUCAAUAUUGCGAACCUUUUUUUGUUUUUUGUUGCUAUGACUAAAAAAUGUAUUCAUUAUUUUUGUUAGGUGUUCAUUAAUGGGUCAAAUAUUUUAUUUUUUGGUUUCAGUAGAUAUUCUUAUUUAUCAGAAGUUGAAAAGAUCAAUGUUCAUCUUUUAUUUGUUAUAUUUCAUUACCAAAAAGAAAUCAACAUUAUUCUUCUAUAUAGUAUUGUGAUUGAUUGAUUGAUUGAUUGAAAUCAAAUUUUUACAUUAAACUAAAUUCUGUUAUGCCUAGAUGUCCAAGAAAGUAUAUUUGCCACACAAAUAGACAUAACGUUGGUAAAACAGUUGAUGAGUUUGUGGAUCUUCAUCAACCGAGAUGGUUAGGCCACGUGCUACGUAUGUUUGAACACCGAUUACCACGACGUGCGAUGCUGACUAGUGUUGGAAAUGGUUGGAAGAAAGUUAGGGGUGGCCAAACGAAAACGUGACAUCAGUGCUUGAUGAAGUCACUAACUUCUAGUCUUAGCCAUGUUGAUUGGUGCAGACUAAUUGGUUGAGGUCCGUGUGACUAUCGUAACUAAUGGUUGGAGACUCUGUGUGACAUAGCUCAGAAUCUAUCACAAUGGCGUAGGUGUAUACACUAUCUAUCUUCCUUUAAACUAUGAGAUGAAAAUUGCUUUAUAUCUUUCUUUCUGCUAAACAACUCCUUAUAUACAAUCUUUCUUUUAUAUAUUACCACCACUGAAUUAACUAUUUCUAUGAACCCCGGUAUUCAUCUUGCUGUGCUAGUGAGGUAUGGCGACUUGGACCGAUGCAUAUAUGUGCUUAGUCCUACAAUCAAUGAAAUAGAAAUAUGUUUAUAAAUAGUACGUAGCAUGAAAAACAGUCCAGUUAAAUAUACACAACCAAUAAACAUAUAUCAGUUAAAGUAGUUCUCACGUCUAUGAAUAAUGUAUAGAGAGACUAGAACUGAAUUUUCACUGGCAUUUGUUUUAGACUAUACCUGAUAACAUCUCGUCACUAAACUGUACUACUUCUAGUACCCUUACAAAGUCGAAAAAACACAUCUCCAUACAGCUUAUUUGUAACACAACUCCAUCACAAACCGACUAUUUCCAUGCGUUUCCUAAUUAGUUACAAUGUCAUUCUUUAUUCUAAAACUGCCCAUAUAUUUCUUCUAUAUAUUCAUAUGUUGAUCAUUUGACCAUACCUUGUUGCCUUUAUCUUCAGUCUACUUGAAAGCCUAAUUCAUGUAAAGGUACUCAGAAUAAGCAGAAAAUUUGAUCAAUAAAUUGUAACUGGAGAUUAAAAAUUUUCACUUUCUGAUUUAUUCGGUGUUAAAUAUCUUUGUGGUUAGAUUUACUUUACUACUACUGAUACUACUAAUAUAUAUGUCUAAUUCUAUUAUUUACAUUUAAGGAACAAGCCAAAUGCACAGUUAGACGAGAAAAAAUUCGUCCCGGAGUUAAUUUUGAUCGUAAAUCCGGUGUUCGUGCACAUGAUGAGAAAUGUCAUCUCAUGUGAAAUAUGCUCUAUUAAAGAUAGAUGACCUCCAUUAUACUUUGUUUUCCCUAAUUGUACUAACUUUCUAAUUAAUAUCAAUUUUAUAACUGCAUUUUACUAAUUCUUUGUUCUUUUGUGCUAACUAAACAAGUUAUAUAGUUUUUUUUCUUCUAUAUGCUAUCGGCUUGACCAUUCAAUGUUUUUUUAUUUCGCUAACGCUUUGUUUAAUAAUGCCAACUGGUCAUAUGUUGUUGUUGUUGAUGUACCACGAUAUUUUCGGGGGUAUGAUAUUGCUUUUUGUUUUUAUAUCUACAUUAUAAAGAGCAAACAUGUUGCUUUGUCAUUACAAACAUUCUACAGUCUCCUUAUUUGCAUGCUAUAUAUAUAUACGUACACACGUUAUUUUCACUGUACUGUUCGCUCAUACUGUUGUAUCCAUUGUAUUUUCAUACCUGAUUCACGCUUAUCAUCUUCAUAUGCACUUAUAUUAUAAACCAAUACAUUCAUUUGUUGUG